GGGCUUGUUCCGUGGGUGUCAGGCGGCCAGUACAAAGUGUGGCGUGGACACUGUUUAGUUGGGUUCUACUUGUUAUACGGAACAAUAAAUAAAUAAUCAAAGGCAACCUCUUAGGCAGGGUAAAAAUGCUUAAAUUAACACAGAAUACGAGCUGGCGCCUUCCCAAUAUUAGUCAACAAAAGAAAAAUAACAAUGUGCUCUGCCCACAAACAUUCAUUCUCUUACUGUCUUUCAUUUUCCCUUCUUUUUAUCUUCUUCUAUCCAAGCUCUUUACCCUUCACCAACUUUCUAUCUGUUCUGUUCUGUUGAGGUGCGUCUUCUGUGCAUCCCCGGCCCGGCAGCAGACGACUCCAGGACUUGCUGAAAACUUUAGUGUGGCGUGGCGGCUUACAACGGGAAUAUGGAGGUGUGCAUGCUUAGUGUGUACAGUUACUAGCAAUGUAUGUAUCGCAAUGUUGUAUAUGCAGUAAAAAAUAUUGUGUGCAGAGAAAAGUAAGCAAAUAUGAAGUAUUACACGUAUAUUUGGUCCUUAAAUAGUGAUGGCCAUGACUGACCGGGAAAGAAGCUCAUUUUGGCGUUAUGGCGUAUUGAGAUAUUGUUAGUGUGUAAAUAGAUGGAAAAUUUAAUGUUUCAUAUACCUUGCUACUGAAAGUGCAGUAAACAUAGCGAGUUAUGCUAUAAUGGACAUGUAUCCGGUCCUCAACACAACGUACUCUGGAUGGUGGCCCAGACAGAAUCCAGUACACCUGCAGAGCAAAGGAAGGAGGACCAGUUCAGGUGAAAGUGGUCAUAUUCACCAGGGAGCAGAAAAGGAAAGUAUUUCAGGAUGUUCAUGACUCCAGUAGAGGAGGAGUUCACAUGGGCAUCACUAAGACUAUUGCCAAAACUACAGAGAGAUUUUAUUGCAUAGGCAUUAAGAAAGAUGUAGUGAAUUGGACAGGUGAGUGUGACUGACGUCAGAGAUCUGAAAAGAUGAAAACUGUAGCACCAGUCCUGAAUCCUAUUAAGAGUGAAGGCCCUUGGCAGAUGGUUGAUGUAGAUUUGAUGGGGCCCUAAAAGAAACUCAGUCUGGCAACAAGGACAUCCUUACUUUAACAGACUUACACUCCAGAUUUAUAGAGGCAUUUCCACUGCCUUCAAAAUCUGCUGAUCUGGUAUGUGAUGUAUUGCAGAGUAUUUUCCACUGUUCUGGUCCCCCAGAGAAAACCUUAACUGAUCAGGGAAAGGAAUUCUGUAAUACAUUAAAUGACACUCUUUUCCAUUGUCCAAGUGAAGCACCUUGUAACACUUGCUUGCCACCCCCAAACUAAUGGCCAGGAUGAGAGGACCAACCAGACGCUGAAGGGCUCUUUAAUUAAAUUGGUAAAUGAGAAUCAGAAUGACUGGGACAAACACUCGGAGGCUGCUCUGUUUGGUAUAUGAACAUCAAUGCAAGCUUCAAUAAAGUGUUCUCCCUCUUUCUUGAAGUUUGGUAGACAGCCAACACUGUUGAACUGCACCAAAAUGAUCUUCAUGAAAAAGUUGAUAUUUUAGAAUUCCCAAAUUUGAGCCCCUCAGAUGAGUCAGUGGAAUCAAGAAAGAGUCGCUUGACAGCCAUAAAAGAAAAAGUUGCCAGUCAUGUUGCUAAAGCACAAGCUGAACAAAAUAAAUAAUAUGAAAUGAGGAAAGCUAAAGGACAUAAGUCAUUUGACUUUAAGAUUGGAAUGAAAGUUGUUGUAAAGAAUAAUAAAAAGCAAGGAAGGAAAGGUUCCUGGCUUGAGGAGGACUGGCUUGGGCCUUAUGACACACCCAGCAUCUUAGAUAACUCUGUACAAAUCACCACAAAUGGAAAACUCCUUCAAAAUAAAACUGCAUUAAUUCACAUUAAACUUUAUAAAUCCCUCAGUAGGUACUGCACAGGAGCAUGCACAACUUUGUGGCCAAAUGCUGCUGCCAUCAGCUGCAGGGAGUGCUUCUGCUGUCUCUGUCUUUCCAGAAUCCAUGGCAUCUGGGGAGGAGCCUGGAGAGGACAUUCCCCCAGCCACAGACCAUGCUGGUGUGAGGCAGCAGCCUGAGGUGCUCCUUUGUAAAGGAUUGCACCAUAUCACUCCCCUUGAGGUGCUCCUUUGUGAAGGGUCGCACCAUAUCACUCCCCUGCCUCUCACCACUGUCAGUAAGGAAUGCAUUUCAGAAUCCUCAGCAUAUGGGGAGAAGCCUGGAGAGGACACUUCCCCAGCCACAGACCAUGCUGGUGUGAGGCAGCAGCCUGAGGUGCUCCUUUGUGAAGGGUCACAGCAUAUCACUCCCCUGCCUCUCACCACUGUUGGGAAGGAAUGCAUUUCAGCUGACUGGCUGGCUAUCUGGCUGACUAGUCCACUGUGGGAUGGCUGGCUGGCUGGUUGGCUGGGUGACUCCUCAAGGGCAGCUGUCCCAUCUCUCAAGUGGCCACAUUUUGCAGGCGUCCCCAACCCCUCCCGCCCUGAGUGAACACACCCCCAGACAAAGCCUCUAAUGGGGCCAAGGGGAAGGGAGCAGCCUAGGCCCCUUGCAAUGCUGAGAGAGGUGCAGCCAGCAAGGAGGCAAGUGGCUCAUCUGUCAGUUCUAACCAUGAGGAGCUGGUGUGCACCUACCACGCCCACAGCCACACCAAUGGAGGGCCAACGACACCCAAGUCUGGCCGGUGUGGGUGGGAGUGCAGCUGAGAGUGGUGGUGUGAUGAGUGUGGAGGCUUAAGGCUUAUAGGUGUGGUGACAAGUAGUGAGGUCACCACUGAAUCUGACACACCUGCUGAGCCUGACCUGGUGUCUUUCUGUGCUACCCUGGGCAACAACCGAGCCCUGCGAGUCCCUACCCUCUUCAAGCCAGACGGGGACUACCAGACUGUGGCUGACAUGGUGGGUGGCAGUCACUCCAUUACAGAGUCAACUACCAGUCACGAGAAAGUUUGGACGAGGCCAGAAGUGCGUCAUCCCACCGCAGGUCACGGGGACAGGAACUGCAGGCCAGGCAGGGUCACUGUCCCUCCCACGGCGACCCGGAUUAUAGCUAUGCUCACCCUGUGAAGAAGCAGUACCUUCCCCCACCCCUCCACUGUCCUCCACUGACAGCAACAGGUGUAUGAGUUAGUGAUAGUGAGGUCACUGACAGACAGACUCGCCAAAUUGUUCAUUAGUAAAAGUUCCAUGGCCACUAAGUUUGUAAUCUGCUUCUGUGUUUGUAUCUUUCCAGCCUUUUUAUUCAUUGAUGUACACUUUUGCCUUUCACUGCUUCCUCCUGUAAUCCAUUCUAUAUCUUUAUAUAUUUACAUGGAAAGAUAUGUUUGCAUUAUUUGGACAUUCUCUCUCUCUCUCUCUCUCUCUCUCUCUCUCUCUCUCUCUCUCUCUCUCUCUCUCUCUCUCUCUCUCUCUCUCUCUCUCUCUCUCUCUCUCUCUCUCUCUCUAAUAUUGAGGUUCAUCUCUUGUCCAUAACAAAAGGGCAUUUCUGUCUGGUUCCUCAGGUUGGUUGACUAACCCUAAAGCUGCAGGGGUUUUCACACAUUUCUCCAUUCCAUAUGUCUCUACUCCUUUGUGGAAAGAUGUGUGUUAUUUAGGAAGCUCUCUUCUGUCCAAGUUUCUUUUCAUCUUUAUCAUCAUGUGUCAAGUCAUCCAGUUCUGGCACUAUCUUAGUGGCUGUUCUUUGUAUUCUUUCAAAUCUCUACAUGAAACAUCACCGAAUUAAUUAAGCUUAGCAGAAAUUAUGUAAUGUGCCCUACUGAUGCUGGUGUGAAGGUGAGGUGUUUGUAGUGAGCCGUGUGAUGCCUUCCCCAGUGCUGAAUAUGGAGAGAGCAGCCAGGCAACACCAUAC